UCCAAAAAUCGCAGAUCUUUCCUCUUUAUUUGCACUUUUCCUUAUCGCAUUAGCUCUCUCCAAAGGAUUUCUUUCACAAACCCUAAAGCUAUGUCCUAAGUGCACCGUUUUCCUGUACACGGUAAGUUUGGCGUUAAAUAACUCAGUUUCCAACGACCAUGAGUCAAAGUUCGGAUCAGGAUCCCGCGGCGGCGCGCAAACCCAGCCCGUUCGAUAAUCUUUCGCGGGACGAAUUGGUCAAGAAGUGCAAAGGUUUGCUGGGAAUAGCACAAAAAGCGAAGCAGGCGAAGGAUGAGUGCCAGGAAGAAAAUCGGAAGCUUAAAGAACAGCUGGAUCACUAUGAAACGCAGAAAAACGCGGAUAAGGAAUGCAUCAAGGCCAUGCAGGAGGUGGCCGAUUCGUACAUGGAUCAGAAACUGAUGGCCACCAUGCGAGUUGAUGAGCUGGAGAAGCAGUUGGCCAAAAGUGCAGCUCAGCUUUCGACCGAACAAGCAACGCACGAGCAGAUGAAGCAGCAACUUAUGGCAGAGUUGGAUGAUCUACGUCAGAAACUAGAAACCGAGAAGCCCGAUAAAAACCUUAGCAAGAAUGACGAGCUUGCCGAGCGAUUGAAGGAGUUGGAAGAAGAAAACAGAAAGCUGGAACAGGAUCUUAUCCGAGCCAAAGCUAGCCAACCGAACGGACGGGAGGAGAAGUUGAUUCGCAAACUUAAGCUGUACAAGGCGAAGGUACAAGAAAUCAACGCAAAACUGCUUCUCCUCAAAUCGGAUCGCAAAAUACUGUUGAAAACAGUAAAAGAUUACGCCGAACAGGUUCCGAAAUGGCAAAAGGAACUGGCAAAUGCGUCGGGUGUGUUGUUUGAAAAGAUAAGCACACUCGAGAAAGAGAAAGAUCACCUAGAUGGAUUAAACAGUAGCUUACGGGAGGAAAAUGAAGAGCUGCAACGACAACUUAAGGCUUUAAAAUUGAUGGCAGAAUCUACUGGUGGCACGGAUGAAACCGAUAACAAACUAGCUGAAACCGAAUCCCUCCUGGAAAGCCUCCGGUUGGAAGUAGAAAAUUUAAAAUCUGGCAAUGUAGCCUUGACGACCGAAAAUGAACGCCUUCUAUCAGAGUCGGGAUCAAAGCAACGGCUGGAUUGCGAAGAAAAGGAAAACCUUCGCAAAGAUCUAGAGACUUCGAAGGCUGUGAUAAACAGUUUAGAGGAGAAGCUAAAUGUUCAAUCGUCAUCAUUGUCUGAUAACCACCAGGUGCAUGAAGAGCUAUCUAAGCAAGUAGCGACACUGACGGAACAGCUUCGAAAUCAAUCAGAAACUAUUCAAAGCGAACGCGAAUCACGUGAAAGAGAAUUGGUUUGUCUGAAGCAGGAACUAGAAAACAGUGAAAAGGAAAAGAAUGAAUUAUCCCAGAAGCUCGAAUCAACCGUUGGUAUGGAGCAAGAAAGGAAUGGCGAGCUGCUAGUUCGUUUCCAAGAAACCAGUGCUAAACUGCUCGCCAUCGAGCAACAAAAAGAGGAACUCGUUCGUCAAAUAACAGCACUCCAGGCUACCAACGAGAGUCAAACGGCUCGCUUCGCUGAGGAAACGGUCACUCGGGAGACGAUGGCUAGAAAGAUGGACGAAAAUCAACAACUCGUGCAGAAGCUGAUCGUCGAAAACCAGAACCUAGAGGCCCAACUGGGUCAGUUAGCUGAAAAGCUGAAGGGAAGUGUAGAGAAAUUAAAGCAGUCGAAUGCCAAGAUCGAGCAUUUGGAAGGUGAGCUCAGCUCUUGCCAAAAACAGCUUGAACAACAAACGGCUGAAAGUCAAUGUUUACUCGAUGAAGUGAAGCAAACAAAAGCGAUCGCUACAGAGAGUGCGGACAAGUACACGCUUUUGAAGACAGAAAAUGGUGAGCUGCUCUCGGAAUUGAAGGAGUUGAAUGAAAUCUUGAAGGCUCGCGGUGAAGUAAUUAAUCUACAGUUGUCGAAAAUGGCUGAGCUACAGGAGAAGCUGUCGCACGUAGAAUCGACCGAUAUGCAACCGUUGAAGCAGAAGAUUGAACAGCUUCAGCAAAGUGUGGCUGAAAAAGAAGCUGAACUGGAGCGACAACGUGAGGAGUUGGCAACGAUGAAGGAUCGUUCCAACAUUAGCUUCGACGCGCAGAGCGAUGUAAUGUCGACCUCGACCAUUUCCCGUGUGGAAGAUGUGGCACGGAUGCGCGAGCUGGAUGAAGGCUUUGAGGAAAAGUAUAUCAAGCUACGUUCUUUGGCUCUGAAACUAAAAAAGAAGCUAGCUGAACAGACAGUGCUGUUGCAAAAGUACGAGCAAGAAUCUUCGUCUUCCGGAGUCGCGACAUCAGAAGAGAGCACAGCAUCUCUUGCCACAGCCAGCAAGAACAUUCAAACGUUACAAGCUGAGAACGAUCGCUUACAGGAUGAGCUGGAAGGUGUGCGAAAAGAGACAGAGAAGCUGCGAGCAGAGCUUGAGAGUAAAACGAUCGAGCUCGCUACAUUCCAGCAAGUUCAGAAGGAUGUCGAAGGUUCGAAAGUAGAUCGUGGCACAUUGGAAACAACCGUGCGAGAAUAUCAGACGCAAAUACAAAAUCUCAAGCGAGAAAAGGACGCUUUCCAGUUGGCAAAGCGUGAAAUCGAUGCCGAAAAUCAGCGACUCAAGGCGGGUCUGAAGAGCAAAGAGAAGGAACUAGUCGACGAGCAGGAGCGGCAGAAGGAGCUCCGUAUGGAACUCGAUCGUUCAAAACUGGCCGUAAAGAAGGCGAAUGUGUUGAGCCUUGAAAUGGAAGCAUACGAGCGGUCUCUGACCGAGCUGAACAGCAAGCUGGAAACCAAGAAGACGCUGGUGAAGGAGCUGGAAGGUACGAUCGAUACCCAGGCGGUAACAAUCAAAAGCCUCAAGCAGCAGCUGGUGGUGCUGGAAGAGAGCCUCGAUUCCCAGCAAAAGCAUUCACGGGAGCUCAAGCAGGAAGUCGAUGUACAGCAAAACAAACUGCGCCAAAGUGAACAUAAGCGCUUGGAACUGAUGAACCAGCUGGAAGAGCUGCGCGACGAACACGAUCAGGCAAAGCAACGGGUCGAGAACAAUCGGGUAGAGUUGGAGCAGGUUGCGGCGGAGAAGGAAAAAGUUUGUGGUACGCUGGAGCAGGAGAAAACCAAUCUUCAAAAGCAAACUCUCGCACUGGAGAGUGAGUUGAUAGAGCUGCGCAAGGAGCUAGUCGAGAGACAGCAGGAGGUCGAGGAUAUAAGGACCGAAUUCGCUAGCUACAAGAUUCGGGCUCAGUCCGUGUUACGCCAGAAUCAAAAUAAAGACAGUAGCCGCGAAAAGGAGCUAGAGGAAGAGCUGAACCAGGCCCAGACAUCACUGGAGAUGGUCGAAGGUAAGCAGCAGCAAUUGGCGCGGCAAGUAGCUGAGCUUUCAAAGAAUAACGAGGAACUGAAGAGUGAGAAAGAGCGAACGCAGCAUCGAUGCAAGGAGCUGUUAAGUCUUUUGGAAGAAGCUCGGCUGCAGCACGAAACACUGCUGGAAGAAUCCCGUAAAUCGAGCCUCGAGCAACAGGAAGCUCUAAAAACGCAACGCAUCCAGAAUGAAACGUUGAUCCAGUGCUACAAGAAGCAGUUGGAAGAGCUGCGCGAAAGCCAUGGCCGGGAGAUGGAGCAACUGCAAACUGCCCUACGCCUGCGAGUGGAAACGGACGGAGUGACCAGCGGACGUAGCCUACUAAACAAUAACCUUCCGGUACCGGGUUCGACAUCGUUCCCUGCUACGGGUGGUGCUGGUGCGAGAGUGGCCGCAUUUACAGAUGAACAACGAAUCAAUCUGCUUCUGAUGGAACGUGAAGAUGGUGAAGGUUCGGAGAGUACCAAUCAGAACUCCGGAACAGGCGUACACACGGUACGUCGGAAGCUGUCCACUGCUUCCAACUCCAGAGGGGCGCGCAAUCGGGACAUCAUUCCGCUGGAAGAUCUGUUGAAUAAUUCCUUCGACGAUUCUGCCUCCGUGGAGAUGGUAAUGGAUGGUGCCGAUGGGGAUCAGUCACUUCAUAGUUCACUUUUUGGCGGUGGCCGAGGACCCUCGCCAACGGUUGAGCUACAGCAAACGAAGGAGCAGCUCACAAAGCAGGAGAGCCGCGUGCGCCAUCUAACGGCGGUGCUGGCCGAAGCGGAGCAAGAUCUAGCCAAGUUGACGCAACUAAACGAGCUGCUAAAGGAGGAGGUACGCCGGCAACAGCGGUCCAUCGAGCGGGAAGCACAUGUACACAAUUCGGAGUAUUUGAAAAAUGUGAUAUUUAAGUUUAUUACGCUCAAUAAUGGCGAUGAGCGAUCGAGGCUAGUGCCGGUGCUCAACACAAUUCUUAAACUAAGUCCUGAUGAGACGCUAAAGCUGCAGAACGUAGCCAAGGGUUCCGAUACAGCCUCUCGCGGAUGGACUGGUUUGCUGUGGAACAGCUAGAGAUACAGUGGGCAAUUUUCUAGUAUAUCCUUCCGUCUUAAAGUUCCAUCCCUUCCAUUCGCCCAGAUUCCUAUACCUGUGUUUAGAGAAAGGUAUCCAGAUAUAAUUGUUGUAUUAUUUUAUGUAGCUUCUUUUAGAUUUAAUGCACGGAUAUCGUGGCCUAUCAAACGGUUACAAAACUAGGCAAUAUCCGAUGAGCGAAAUGAUUUCCAAUAUUGGGUUCAUAACGGGCUAAAUAUAAAGGCUUUAAGUUGCUUUGGGUCGCGCAUUAUGCUUGUCAAUAUUGUUUAGAAAAUUUGUUGCAUGCCUUGGGAUAGAAUAGAGCAAUAAAAAAAUAAAAUUUAAAAGUCCAAA